AUGGAUGUGUGGAACCACACCGCCCUAUCGGAUUUCAUCCUUUUGGGUCUGUUCAGCUACUCACCAUAUGAUUUCUUCCUUUUUUCCCUCGUCCUGGCCUCUGCUGCCGCCCUGGCUGGCAACAUCCUCUUCUUCCUGCUCAUACAAGCCGAUAGGUGCCUGCACACCCCGAUGCACGUUUUUCUCAGCCAGCUCUCUAUCAUGGACCUGACCCUGAAUGACACGGUAGUACCCAAGAUGACAGCCAACUUCCUCUCGGGCAGUAAGUUCAUCUCUCAGGGUGGCUGCGCAGCUCAGGUCUUCUUGGUGGUCAUGGUAGGAGGAGCUGAGUGCUUCCUCCGUGUCAUGGCCUAUGACAGGUACGUGGCCGUAUGUCACCCCCUGCGGUACCCUACGCUCAUGAACUGGAAGGUCUGUUGUCUGAUGACCUUGGUGUCCUGGAUGGUUGGAGUGGCCGACAGCGUGAUUGACGUGGGCGUGGUCUUCCGCUUCCCCUACUGCGGCUCACAGGCGGAUCACUUUUUCUGUGAGAUCCCCGCCCUGCUGAGGCUCUCUUGUGCUGACACCUCGCUCUUCCAGGACUUCAUCUACGCUUGCUGUGUGGUCAUGCUGCUUCUGGGGGUCAUUGUGGCUUCCCAUGCCCGGGUCCUCACGGCUGUGAUUAGCAUGCCUUCUACUGAGGGGAAACAGAAGGCUCUGACCACUUGCUCCUCCCACCUGGCUGUGGUGGGCCUUUACUACAGGGGAGGCACAUUUAACUACAUGCAGAAGGCUUCUGCUGGAACACCAGCGGGAGACAGAGCCAUCUCCACCUUCUACACCAUCUUUGUGCCGAUGCUCAACCCACUCAUUUAUAGCCUGAGGAACAGGGAGGUAAUGAGAGCCCGGAAGAGGGUGCUGGGGAGAUGGAGAGUGUAG